AUGGGACGGGCCAGGCCGGGCCAUUGUUUCCAGAAUCAGUUUCAGUCUCACUCUUUCACUCCCACCUCUCCACCAUCCGUCACUCCCUUGACUCCCUCGACUUCGACAUCCCAGAGAACGCCCAUCACCACUGCCACAACCAACACAACGGCACCACCACCACCCAUCCAGCCAUCCUCCGACCUCGACGACAUCCGUUACUUCGCCGGCUACUACUUUUUGGUGUGGCAGAUGAGUUUUUCUGCCUUUCUCUUGGGGAGAACAAACACACUCAAUCAGAUUGUUGGCUGCAUACUCGUAGCUACAGGUGUAGCAGCGGCUGUUUCAAGGUUAAGCAGUUGAGCAAUUGGCUUCUCUUGUCAAAGACAAUCUUACUUGCAAGCAUCUUAUUCUCUUAGUGGAAGAGUCCUUGGUGGACUUCCUUCAGAGUUAUACUAGGCAUGUAAGACAAACUCCUAAGUGGUAUUACCGUAUUAGCAUUGCCAUUUCUUAUGAGAUUAAUUUUAGAGUAAAAUAUUAAAAUUAUAUGGAGCAGGAGUGAUGCAAGUCUUUGUGGUAUAUCUAGGGUAAAACGAGAGCUGGGAACGACGUUGGACUUUGUAUUUGGAUUUGAAUCUGCUGGGGCUGGGAAUGAAUUUGAAUCUGUGCAAAUCUGUGCAAAUGUGAAUGAGUGAAUCUGCUGAGGCCUGGGAAUGAAUUUGAAUCUGUGUAAAUGUUACUUCUUUUUUUUUUUUUUUUUUUUUAUGUAUAAUAUAUACAUAACAAAAAAAAAA